GAUGACGAUGACGACGAUGGGGGUUGAAAGAAUUGUCAUUCAUGGUCACAAUCAAUUAACAAAAAAAAAACAAAAAACAAAAAAAAGAAUUGAUAAAUAAAAGAAAAAGAAUAAUAAUUGAUAUACAUUUAAUUCUUGGAUAUCGCGCCGUUAUGCUCUGCAAUACCUACUAGAUUUGGUAGGCUGUCCCAAGUCAGCGGGCCAUAUGGCCCAAAAUAUUGUACAUUACUAUGUAGUAAUAUGUUAGUUGAGAUAUACCUGUUUAGGGAUCUUGACCACCAGAUGCAGAUGUGUGUGUGUGUGUCUCUGUCUCUCUCUCUCUGUGUGUGCCUAACCUGCUAUUAGCCCAUCCAUCCAAUCUUCUCUUUCCUUACUCCAUCCCCCACGAGGGACAACGAUAAUGACUUUCACGAACCCGUUCGAAUCGGCGCCAAUCCAGUUCCCCGGCGGAUUCCCAGCUGCAGCUGCUAUGACGCUAUGGUGCCUAGGCACGUAUGUAAUGUACAAUGGACGGAUUGGGAUUUAUAUUGGUCUGGCCAGCCUCUCACGGGAUCAAUAUUCUCCGAUCGAGGAUGUCUAUCAGCCCUCCUGCCUACAUAUACAUAUUACAUAUACACUACAUGGUAGUAUUGUAUCUAUAUGUAUGUAUGUAUGUACGUACGUACUAGCUCUAUCUGCCCUAUACUACAUACAGGUAGUCGUAUGUAUGUAUGUAUGCCCAUCACUAGGGCUUCCUCGGCUACCUAGACGCCGCAACUCAAAUGACUGGCAUAUGCCGGACGGGCGGGAAGAUUUGGUGCCUCCACCAAAACGGCAGAAUGGCGCCAGUAGGCCUGUUUCCCAUCGUACAUACAUACCUACCUACGGGACGGAGAGGGCAUGCAAAAAAAGGUGUAUCUAGCCCGAAGAGAAAAGAAAGAAACUAAGUUACAACAUAUAACGGUAAAGGUGGCUGAACGUUGGCUUUUUCUUAAGGAGGGAAAGGGGGGGAGGGGGAAGGGGGAAGGCCGUCUGAUGGCCCGUGGAAGCUGGGCAGCUGAUAACUAACUAUAAUACAGGAUGAUGGGAUGGGUGAGUGAGGCUUGCGAUAAACCACUUGUUGCUGGCGCCUAGCUAUACCCUAUUUUGAAACAAACCACAUCGCGCAACAACUCAUGAAGACGAUAAAAAGAGGGGUAUACACCUACCUACCUAAGAAAAAAAAAUUAAUAAAAGAAUAAAAUAAAUAGGUAGGUAGGUAGGUAGGUAGGUAGGUA